CACAAAUUGCAGUUUUAACACAAACGUGGUAUUGGUAUACACUAUAAAAUAUUAUAAUUACAUUUCUCAGCUAAAUAGAAAUUUGUAAAAACUUUAAAGCGUGAACCGUGAACGAGAAACAACUAAGCACUAGCUACCAUUUUGUCCUUCUAAUGGUAUUUUUCUUAAUCUUUUAACCGAUAGAAUAUUAUUUACAUUAGGCUUUCUUCAAUCUCCAGAGACGAACAUUGCUAGUAUACAGUUCAUAUUGAUAAUUAAUAUCAUUGAUCAUUGAUUAUUUGUGUAAGUCACAACAUAAAUAGUUUUUAGAAAACGAUGGCUGGGAAUGAAAAUAAUAUCAGUGAUAACAACAAUAUCAAAACUGAACUAGAUACAUUAAUUAAGGAUGUAAGUGAAAUAAACAUGGACAUUUGGAGAGCAGAAGAAUGUGUCCGUAUUAAAAAAGAAUCUAUUCAAAACAUUGAAAAGUCUAUUGAAGAAGCCAAUUUAGAAAAUACCGAUUUGGAAAAACAAAUAAAUGAUGUAAACUCUAAAAUGUUAGAAGUUAUAAAUUAUAUUAUGUAUCUUGACAAAAUCACAAUGACUCUUUAUGAGACAUUAGCUCAUCUAGAUAUUCAAAUUAAGAAAAACAAUUCUGUUGCAUGUAACAUAUCAAACAAGUUUGAAUUCAAAUUAUUUGACAUAAUGAAACAGUGGAAAAUUGACCAGGUUCGAUUAAAUAAAAUACCUGAAAUUGACGCUUUAAACAAAAUGGAUAAUGAAGUUGAUGCGUUGAAAUUCAUGUAUGAUCAAUUAGUAACUGAAAAUGAAAUGUUGAACAAUGAAGUAUUCAAAAUAGACAAUAUUAGUGGUAAUAAACAUAUUGGAACUGUAGUAAAUUUUGUAAAAGCUGUUACUGAAAUGAAAUUGGUGGACGAUAGAGAAAAACAAUGCAUUCUUUUACGAAGGAACCUUAAAAGAGAAUACCACAAGCUGUUAAAAGGAAAAGGCGUGGCUUUCAAAGAUCAGAAAAUAGGAACCAUUAAACUACCAUUAAAUUUGCCUAUUGAUAGUAAUGGAGUUGAUUCAGAGCUCAUUGAUAUGGAUACUUGUAGUUCAGAUUUGUUUUCUAACAGUAAUCACUCAUCAUUUGUUGAUACAAAUUCUGGUCGAUUUGAUGUGAACGAAGAAGAAAGUUCUUCUAUUCAUGAAAAUGAUAAAGAUGAGUCGAAUAGUGAAAGUUCACAGAGAGAAGACGUCGUUCCCAGUCCAGAGAAAUCCCCCGUUUCAAAUGUAACUGACAAACGAAAACUGUCGCCUGAAUAUACCUCGCAAAAUAUUCCUGUAGACAGUAUUGACCAAAUUGAUGAACUGUCAGAGAAUAAUAUGUUGCCAGCAGAUACUUGCGAUUUAACCGAAGCUCUGUCAUUGGAUACUAACAAAACUCAAAAUUCAAAACGUAAAAUAAUUGAAGAUUCGACCUUUCAGUUCAAAAAACCUCAUAAUCCUAUUGAACAUAAUUACAAUUUCAAUAAAAAUAAACACUCAUCAUAUUCUUUUACCGAGGGACCAAAAAUAACGGAACAGAUUUUACAACCAAACAGAGACUAUGAGGAAAAAGAUUUUGGAAGUAUGUUUUUAAAUAAUCAGAAGCAAACUAUUCAAACAGACUUACCCGACAACACAGAUGCCACAAAAAGGUUACAGCCUAAUCAGAAUGUUGAUGAAUCCAAUCAAUUCAACUUUACACUCUCAAAUUCUCCAAUACCAUGGACUCAAUUUGACAAUUUUUGUAACAGUUCAAACUCUAUGUUUCAACUCGAUAACAGCGAGACUCAAAGUCAAAUUAACCUGCUGACCAAUGAUUUCUGGAACGAAUUUGAAGGUGACGGUCCAACAGGGUGUUACAGUGGAAACAGUAGUCUAUGUGGUUCUGAAUUCUCAGAAUUCAAUUCAGCUUCCCACGACAUCAAUAAUUUUAAUAUGCAAUCAAGUUUUAAUUUUAUGGCCAAUCACAGAAAUUCAAAGUUGGCUGGUAAAUAUGAUAGUAAAUAUUUCAAAAAAAACUGAUAAAAUCUGUUACAAACAUGCAAUUUCCAACUUUUGUGUGUUUAAUAUUCGGUGGAAAACGAUUGGUAUUGUCUGGCAUAAAAAAUUAUACUAAACAAAAAGAAACAGUAGCAGAACCCAUACAAUUUAAUUUAAUAGUUAUUUUGAUAUUAAGUAUAUCUUAAUUUAAUUUAAUGUUUUUUA